AUGCAGGACGUGUGUCCACUGGAGAGAAAUUCCUUCCCCAGGGAUGAAAGUGUGGGGAGGACAAAGGAGAUAGUGAAACACCUGAAAAAAUGCCCCCUGUUUUUAAAGGCGCUGUAUCUGCACUACAACCCAUUUUGCUUUCCUAAUAUAAAUGACACCAGUAGCUACUUAAUGGAGAAGGGGAAUGUGGAAGCAGAGUUGAGGAGAUACCAUGUCGCAUUCAACGAAACCAUCCUCCACAUUUUAAAAAAAAAAAUAAGUAUCACUACCUUUGAGCAAUUUCGCACUCUUAAGUAUAAAAUAAUUUUUGAACAAUUUUUAAAUCACGGAGUGGAGGACUUGCUGUCUAAGUUGGGCGACGACGACUUUGUGAGAGGCCUGCAGGGGGAGGUGGAUGGAGAAGUGUCAACUGGUGUUGUAGCGGCGGGGGUAGCGCCAGGUGUAGCAACCGGCGUAGCAACCGGCGUAGCAGCCGGCGUAGCAGCAAAGGGAGACGGAAGCGGUGGACAGCCCGCGGGGCAGCCGAUGACGGAACGCCCCGAGGGAGAUCCCCAUGUAAGCACCGCCAACCAGUUCCUCGAUGGCUACAUAGCCGCAGUGAAAAAGUUGAUACAUCAUUUGAGGGAAUGUCCCCACCAGGACAAGGGAAAGGACUCCUUUAUAAAGGAGCAGCUGAGGAUGUUACGCACCCUCUGCAACAGAUCAACGCGAAUAGAGGAAGAAAAUAUUUGUUGUGCUGACGGGGUGGACACAAAUGAGAAGGGAAGCAACCCCAGGGAAAAACACCCACUCCCCAUUCUCACCCUUCGAAGCAUUGGGAGCAUCCACAAGUAUCGGCUCUGUCAGGACCUCCUGCAAUAUAUAGACAAAGAGGUAUUCCCCGUGAACAAAAAAAAAAAUGCAGAGGAAAACAUCAACAAGGAAGACACCAUCACGGAGGAACAGCUUAUUGAGACGGGACGUCUAGACAGGGACGAAAUUAUGAGCAUCGUCAUCUAUACAGUCAUAUACCUAUGCUGCAAAAUGAGUAUUAUUAAAAGAUUGAAGAAUAAAAAUUUUCAUCAUAAAAAUUACCUGAGCAGUUCAGGUGAAAAAUCGAUAUUUUUUUUUUUGGAAAAUUUAGACAAACAUGAUUUACAAAAUGUCAAUGUAAUGUUUUUGCUUCUCCAUUUUAACAAUAAUGUGUUGGAGAUUUUUGAACGUAUUUUUAAUGAAGGGGGAUGGAAUAGGAGGGAUGGCAGCUCCUUAGGGGACUACUUGUUUAUUGAAUUGGGUGCUGGGAAAGCCAACACGACGCGAUGGGUCAAAUUUAUUAUGGAUGACUUGGUGGGCAUUUUGGAGAGGUUCUUUUCAAAUGGGGGACCACGGGGGGAAGGAGGCAUCGCGGAAGGGGCAGCUUUGACGGGGGUAGAAGUGGGCAGCCAGGCGGAGGAGCAAACCCCCAAACCGAUAGAGCAGUCACCUGAACGAUUGCAACAACGGGAGAGGUGCAAGCUUCUGAUCAUCGAGAGGGAAUCCCUGAGGAACAAAAAGGAAAAAAAAAACUUUCUUAUGCAAAUGGCCCAAGAGAAGAACCAACAUCUACUCCGCGUAAAGGCAGACAUCUCAGAUUUCCAUUUGUCAAAUUUUAUUUACUGUUCAAAAAAUGGCUUCAAGGGGGAGGCAAGUCCUUUCGCGUUCAUUCCUGAUGUCAUUCAUUUUUACUACUACAAGGGGGUGUACAAUUGGAGGGGGGCGAUCCCCUCAGGGGGUAGCGGAGCAGGCAGCGUCCCCACGACUGAUAAGCGGCGGGAUGACGAACGAGAUGACGCGCGAGAUGGCGAGCGAGACAAGGGUCUCCUUUCCCCAAGGGCUGAUCAGACGUACAAGUCGCCCACCGAUGGAGGAGCCCUCAUAACGGAAAUGUUCCUGCGAAACAACCUAUUGCAGUUGGGCACCUACUUCGAUGUGCACGUAGAGAAACUCCUGUCCUUUUUGACCCAGGGCAAUAACAACCUGUUGAGGGUUUACGAUGACAUGAAUAACUUCCUCAGCAAUUUCGACUGCAACAAGGUGACCUUUUUAACGAAGCACUUGUGUGGUAAUGGCACCGACUUGGCUCUUAGAAUGCUCGUGAACAACACCAAGAAUAGGGAUAAAGAAAAUUACUUCAUCCUGGCCCCGUGCUGCCACCAUAGAUGUGACGUGCACAAAAUUUUAGGCUUUAAGCUUUUAAAGGAGUUGGGUAUCAAUCAGGGGCAUUUACAGCACAUCGUCAAGCACAUGUCCGGAUACGCCUCCUGUGAUUACAAGCCGAAGAAGACCAUUGGGAAGAAAGUUAAGCUUCUCGUGGACCUCGCCAGGGUCCUGUACCUACUGAACGAGGGACUACAACAUGUGUACCUGAUCAAGUUUGUGAACAGAAGUGUAACGAUAGAAAACCAUGUUAUCGUUUUUUUCAACCAUCACAAGUUGGACUUGCGCAAUUUCAGGCACUACUAA